UUCUCUUCUUCUUAAUCAUCAUCACUAUAAUCAUCAAAGAAAAAUCUCAUGAAGAAAUCAAAAUGUCAAAAACAAACUUUGUUAAGUGUUGCAAAUCUUAAGCUUCCUUCUUUUCAGGUGGUGGUGAUGAAUGCUGAUUUGGGAUGCACACAUUGUAGGGACAGAAUAUCUCAAAUCACCUCAAAGAUAACAGGGUUGAGGGAGUAUACAAUAGAUGUUGGGAAAAAGCAAGUGCUUGUAAGAGGAGAUGUUAAAAAUCAUCACCAGGAAAAAGAUGGCACAGUAAAGAGCCAAAAGAUCAACGAACGCCAUAGCCGAAUUUCCGCGUUCUUUUUUAGUUUACUGAACUUUCGUUGGAACACGACCAAGAAUAUGGUUGAUUAAUCGAAAGAACAAAAGUUUGAUUCGUCUUUCGAUGAAUAUUCAUUCAUGGGGUUGAUAAGUAUAUAUGAAAUUUUCAUACUAACAAGGAGUCAAAUACAUGUUCUUUCAAAUGUUUAUUUGUAGGGAAUCUUGUGUUUCCAUUUGAAUACUUUAGAUUUUCUCCUUUAGUUCCCUGUAUAAAGUUUCCAGUUUCUUUAUACUCUGCCCAUGAUUUUUAAACACAUUAACAUGCUUAAUCAGUUGAGCAAUCUCAUAAAUCAUAUGUUCCCCUUGGUAAAGGAGUAGCAAAAGGAAAAUACUCUAACCAGAUAAGAAAAACAUGGCCUGCUUGUUGCUGUAAUCGACUUUUUCAUAUGUCCAUAGAAAACAACCUCUCUUCCUUUUUACCGAAGAUUUAAGGUCUGCAUACACACUAUCCUCCCCAAACUUCACUUGUGGAAUUACACUAGGUAUGUUGUUGUUAUUGUAGUGAACCUAAAUAAGUACUCUCUGCAUAUAAAUUUAUGUGAUAGUGUUUCAGUGGUCAUAAAG